GUUUAUUGUGUGUUCUUCUUUGAGAUGGGUAUGGCAAAGUUCUUCCAGGAAUAGUGUGGAAAUAAGGUCGAACGGUAAUGAAACCAAUAGUUCCAACAUGUUACUUCCCUUGAUGUUAAAGCAGUCAUUCCUAUAAGGAGAUACACUGAAAAUACUCCACACAAGUACGACAAAUCCUGCAUCAAGCGAGUGACUGAGUGACUCCGAUACGAGAGCCAGUGAAUGUCUGUUCCGAACUGCUUGGGUUAAUUGCACUGCACAUGCUGUGAGGAAAACCAUUUGUGAUUUCAGAGGUUUAGUGGUGGAUUACAUUGAUUUUGUAUGAUCGCUGAUGGUGGUACCAACUGACUGCAGAUUGUGACUUCCAACACAAGGAUUGUGUAUACUUAAAGCUCUACUAGUCGAAGAAUAUUGAGGACUUUACUACCUGCCCUGGCGUCGGCUUUAUUGGCAUCAUCUGCAACAGCUUUUUCAAGGCCAUCGGAAACUAAAUAGAGACAGACCUAUAGAUUGACAGAGAACCUAUGUUUGAUCACUGCCUGUUGGAUUAAGAGUGCGUUUGGAAUUUCGGUGGAUGGGAAAAAAACCCGUGAAAUACUGGAUACAAUUUUAAGAGUUAACGCCCUUGGCUUCAAUUUGGUGCUGUGAUGAAUUCCAUCUUGAAUAUGUGAGUGCGAAACAUGAAAGAAUUUGCUAUGGGUAGCAGUGCGACAACGUGAUCAUUCGGAAAACUAGUCAGGAAAACAUGUUACUGCCAAGAGUCGACCAGUCGAUUAUAUUCCUGUGGAUAUUACACUUCAUCAAAGGGGACACAUUGAUCUCAGGGCCUCCAAUAAACACGGAAGCCAACCAGGGUAGCGAAGUACAAUUCAAUUGCCAAGUGGAGGUACCGCCGCAUUUGAAUGCCGAUCAGCUCAAGGUGAAAUGGAAACACAACGGAAUCUAUGUCUACCCUGGCGACAACGAUGGCUUUGUGGUCGAUAGUUCCGAUUUAAAUCGAAGAAAAUCGGAAAAAUACAUAGGAGACGAUAAAGGUCAAAUACUGACUAUACGGAAUGUGGAACGUAAAGAUGAGGGGAUAUAUUCAUGUAUAGUGCAUAUAGGAAUAAACAGAGACUUAGCCAGUGCAAAAUUAGAUGUCAGAGAACCGCCUGAGUCACCUCGAGAUGUUUCGAUAAUCGCGUGUGUCGGAAACUCUGUCGAGCUUCAGUGGGCGCCAGGUGGAGAUGGUGGGGCUAAGAUCCAACAUUACUUAGUUCAGUUUAAUACCUCAGCGAACGUUGCCGAGUGGCAUAACUAUUAUGACCAGAUCAAUGGUACCUUACAAACUGUGUUGGUCAAUCUAUCCCCAUGGGGGACAUAUAAAUUCAGACUUUUAGCUAAAAAUGAGGUUGGUUACAGUAAACCGAGUUCUCCGACAAAAACUGAGUGUACAACGCCUCCCGAACGACCGGCUGGAAAUCCAAAAGAUGUUCGAACCUUAACACAUAAAAAAGGAAAAUUAAUAGUAACAUGGACGCCGAUGUCCAGAUUACAACACAAUGGGCCAGGCUUUCAGUACGCAAUUUUCUGGCGUCGUAAAGGCAGCACGUACUGGAACGAAAACAUCGUGCAGCACCAGAUGGAGAAAAUCUGGGAGGUUAAUGUCAACGACACGUACACACUGUACGAGAUCAAGGUCAAGGCCAUGAAUCAGAUCGGGGAGUCCAGGCAACCAGCAUUUGUCUACCUUGGAUACUCUGGAGAAGGAGAGCCAUCUGUGAUACCAAAAGAUUUUCGACUGGACCCAACUAAACCAGUGGAAGCUCACAAAGCCCAUUUUAUCUGGGAGGCAGUGGAUACUUCGGAGGAUAAGAUACGGGGAGAAUUCAUGGGCUACAAGUUGCGUUACUGGAAGUCCAGCGAGGGUCGUCACAAAUGGAAGGAGGUGGAUAUUCUCAUAACUAAGGAAGACCACUACCGCCCAGACGUGCGGGCAGCCAUAGAUGGGCUCCCUGCCCACACAGCACUGCGGGCUCAGGUUUCUGUGAUGAACACCCACUACACUGGGCCAGCCAGUCAGGUCAUUGACCUUUUGACCCCAGAGGGAGUGCCGAGUCCAGUACGAGAUUUGAGAAUUGAUAAACACGGGACGACGUACGCCCUGCUGAAAUGGCUCCCUCCAGAGGAACCCAACGGCAAACUGCUGGGUUAUGACAUCGGCUACCAACAAAUAACAGAUGCCAAGCAGGGACCGGUGAAAGCUUUACGACCACAAAUCAACAACCCUGACAGUUUAGGGGCCAGGAUUACAGGUCUGGAAUCAAAUCACGAUUAUCGAUUCUAUGUGUGGGCUCGAACACAGGCUGGACGGGGUGACCCAGAAUAUACAGACGUCACUACUAAAGAGGGCACUCCCCCAGAAGCUCCAAGACCCAAAUUCACAACUGUAGAUCAGACCAGUGUUAAUAUAACAUGGACACCCUACAGACUCAUUGAUGUAGAUUACGAAACUGAAUAUAGACCUGCAGGGGAUUCUGAAUGGCAAAAGGCUAACGCCGAAUGGGGUCGUAAUUGGAUGGUGAUUAGGGAACUCAUACCAAAUAUGGAAUACGAGGUCCGACUAACUGCUAAAAAUAAACACGGUGACGCAGCUUCUAGCAUUCUAUACAGGGUCAAAACUCAGGCCCAAAAAGGCGGUGACGCACAUUUAUAUCAGCAAGAUGAAGCAUACAGUCCUCCGCUUAGCGGGGCCUCAAGUCUUCAAUCCAGCAGUUUCUUAUCAACAUUCAGUGUUAGAACUUGUUACUUGUUGAUUCAAACACUUCCUGCGCUUCUCACUCUGCUGCAUUUUUUCCAUUAGAAGAAUUCCAAGGAAGAUGGUGUGGAAUUUUUAUGGUCUAAGGGAGGCAACUAGAACAGAACUCAUGUGAUAGUUACACAGUGGUUGUUUCUCUUGAAUGGAUUGCUGUCUUCACAGGCAUAAAAAAAAUUCCACUUGAUUCCAAAUCGUUUGUGCAGAAAAGUGCAUAGAAUUUAUUUAUUAAUUGUACAAAGAUACUUUGGUGUAAAUAUUUCUUAACAAAACUGAACAUUCCAUAACAUUUACCUUAAGUUAAUGGAUUCAGUAACACUAGAUGGGUAACCCAGAUAUUUAUAUAUACAUGUUAAAUGACACUUUAAAUCUUAUACUUUAUUAUAAGAUUUUCACAAUUAGACUGAGUAAUGGCUGAAAAGCCCAUAAAGGCAAAAGGUUUUGGAGAAUGUCCAUGAAAAUAGGUUGUUUACCCUCAAUUGUGAUUAUCUUAAGUACUGUAAUGCGAUGACAAAUUGAUAUGGGUCAUUUUUCUUUGCUUUAAUAGGGAGCCUAAGGUUUGCUAAAGUGCCACAAUAAUAUUUAACACAAAAAGCAUGCAAGACCUUUUAGAUACUACAGUCUUGUGGCAUACUUUGAUAUUACGUCUCAAAGAAAAUUUCAGAAAAAAACCGCAACCAUCAACGAAAAAAUAUCAUCAAUAAAAUAUUGUUAUUAAUUCAUCAUGUAUCUGGUACUAACUAUUGCAUGUUAUGAACAUUUGUGGUGGAAUUAUUGUUUUAGUGGCAAAAUUGGCAAACCUAUUGGUUGUGACUAUAGUGCUUCACAGUGGGCUAAUUAUCCAGAACUUCGUUAAAGUUAACAAUGGUGUUAACAUCAUUAUUGUUAAACUUCACAACUUGGUUGCUAUGGAAUUAAAAUGGACACAUUUGUGAUCAGCAGUGUUUCUAACUAGCAAGGUGACACCUUUUUCAGCUAUAUGUAAUUGAUUUUAAUAUAUCAGGAUGUUGCAAAAACUUCACCUUCUAAGUUACACUGGUAACUUUUAAGUUUUGCUGGUAAUACAUGUUGUUAACUUUAAGGAAGUUCUGAACAAUCAGCUCAUUGUUUCAUUUGUUCAAAACAAGAAAACGUUUGACAGAAAAUUCAGAGAUUGUUUUUUUUAGCUUUUAAUAUACAAUGUGAAGCGAGAAUUUUUCAUGUUCAAACGUUUUUUUGAUUGUUUUGUCCAUGUGUCAUGUAUAUCAAUUAUUAUAAAGGUUGUGACUUAAGAGAUUCACUAUUUUUUAACAAAACCACUUAAAAAUGAAAUGUACGUGUUGUUAACAUUUUGAUAUUAAAUAUGUAAGAUUGUGUCAAAGAAUAAAUGCUUUUCAAUAAAUUUGAAUUGAGACAGCUUAUUAAUUUCACUGUUUGUUUUUAUGGUUAUAAUCAUGUUAACUAGUCAUAGAAACAUUUUCAUUGGUGUUUCAUUUUUGUAUUUUGUAUUGUUAAUUAAUCUUUUAAUCCAUAUCUCAUAUAAUACUCAUCAUGUGUAAUCAAUAAUACUCACUUUUAAUGAAUCCAAAACUGCUUUAAUUUUACUGUUGAAAACCAAAAUCAAGUCUUCAAAUAGUUCUCUUCGGUGCCAUAUAUGUUGAACUGCUUGACAUUUAUUUACACUGUCUUUAAUUAUAAAAAUGAGCAUGCUUGCAGAUUUGAUUGGCAAUUCAUAUUGAAAAAGGUCGCAUAAGGUCAUCAUAUCCAUGUACUAGACACAAACAAUUUCAUUAGGCUUUUCUUUGAAGUUUCUGGAAUAAUUCUCCAAUUUCAAUUUCUUACCGAUUUCAAUAACCACAUGAGAAUUAUGUUUGUGUGUGCGCUUACAUUAAGAUUAAAUGAAGUUGUCUGGAAAAUUAUUUUACUGGAAUUGCAGACUAAAAAAUGGAAGAAAUUUCCGAUGAAGAUAUGUAAAUAUAAUAAUAGAAGCUAAAUUAUUUAAAUCUGUGAUCAUGUUACUUUUAUACUUGAAUUGAUACUUUUCUGGUCUAAAACGUUUGAAUAUGUGAGGAGUCGUGUUAAGUCUUGCCAUUUAGAUGCAUAAUUACAUAAUAUUUGAUAUUAAACCAUUCUUAAUUGAGAAAUAUUCUAUGAAAUUUUAGACUUAUACAAAACACUCUUGCUGAAUGUAGUUCUGAUAAUCAACUGAUCAAAUUGUCUGGCAAUAUGUGUUAUAUAAAAUGGUACACAUAGCUUCAAGAAUAUAAUAUGUUCUGCUUUUUAAUACACACAGUUGAUACGUGUUCUGCUUAGUGAUACACACAGUUGAUACGUGUUCUGCUUAGUGAUACACACAGUUGAUACGUGUUCUGCUUAGUGAUACACACAGUUGAUACGUGUUCUGCUUAGUGAUACACACAGUUGAUACGUGUUCUGCUUAGUGAUACACACAGUUGAUACGUGUUCUGCUAAGUGAUACACACAGUUGAUACGUGUUCUGCUUAGUGAUACACACAGUUGAUACGUGUUCUGCUUAGUAAUCCUCACAGUUGAUACGUGUUCUGCUUAGUGAUCCACACAGUUGAUACGUGUUCUGCUUAGUGAUCCACACGGUUGAUACGUGUUCUGCUUCUUGAUACACACAGUUGAUACGUGUUCUGCUUCUUGAUACACACAGUUGAUACGUGUUCUGCUUAGUGAUCCACACAGUUGAUACGUGUUCUGCUUCUUUAUACACACAGUUGAUACAUGUUCUGCUUCUUGAUACACACAGUUGAUACGUGUUCUGCUUAGUGAUACACACAGUUGAUACGUGUUCUGCUCCUUGAUACACACAGUUGAUACAUGUUCUGCUUAGUGAUACACACAGUUGAUACGUGUUCUGCUUCUUGAUACACAUAGUCUGAUGUUGUCUGUCAAUGUCAAUUAUGAUACAUUGUUGGAAUUGAUGUCAACAACUUCAAACUUUAAAGCGAUCACAACUAGUAAGCGCCUGAAUUUUAUUUAGCAAUCAAGUUGUCGUCAAGAGCGCUUAUCAUUGAAGACAAUGGACACUUAACAUUUUUAACUUUUCUUUAUAUGAUGAAAUUGCAUUGUGUAAUAUAAUCAUUUAGUUAAGCAGAAGCAUGUUAGUGUUGAUAUUAAUUUUUCCCCUGAAUUGUUUUUACUUUAACCUCUGCAGUCAAAACCCAUUCGCUCAAACUCUGAAGGACCAGCGAAAGUACAUCAAGCCUCAGAAAAUUCAAGUUAAGCGGGAAUGCUUACAUUCAGUAUAAACAAAUCUGUCCUUAACAUCCAGUUUGAGCCAACAAUGAAUUCCAGCCAAGCGAGUUCAAGCCAACAGGGUUAGACUGUAUGUUUCCUUGAGGGACAUCGCAAUGUAAAAAUACCAAUUCUUAAUUCAUGCCAGCUCCAGAAAUGUCUAGUAUCUUCAGUUGAUAUGACUACUUUUAUCUCAUUUAGAUUUCUUUUUCUACUUAAAAUAGUUAUUGUCAUCUUUUCUAGCAGUGUAUUAUCAGUUUUCAAUGAAUCUCAUUUUCAUAGCAUCAAUAUAGAUCCCAAUGAAGGGGCUCCCAUAAUGGAUUUGGACGAGGGUAUUACUGAUUGUUAACAUCAUAAAAAGUCAUGUUUUAACAUAAAUUGAAGUUCUGAUUUUAUGUUCAUGUUUUUAAACACUAUUUCAAUAUUCAGACAUACAAAUUUUAUUCAUUAUCUAUGGACUUACAUGGCAUGGUUCCUUUUAAAGUAAAUCUGUUUGUUUGUUAGCUUAAUCAAUAAUAUAUUUUUUAAUGAAACAUUAGUUUGAAACUUUUACAGCAAAGCAUUUUUUUCUUUUUGAAUGGGUUCUAAGAGAUUUCCUCAAAGUAUGUUUUAAGGAUUGAUCAUACUUGCCCUACUGUGUUCAUACAGUGUACAUGCAAGAAUAAAUGUCAUCAAUACUUAUAUUUACAUUUUAAAUAAUUAUUUAUUACAAUUUAAAAAAAGCAAUAUUUUUUUGCAAUUGAGUAUUUGUCAUAGGUUAAUUGAUGUCGCGCUUAUCCAACAGGAGCGAAUAUUGUGAUAAACAAUGAGGUCAUUAUUGUAUGUACAAUAUGAACGUCAAGUUUUAUCUUUAUAAAAGACUAAGCAAAUAUAAAUAUUAAUACUUGGUGAACCAAUACAGAUGAAUUGGUCAGUAAUACUCUCCUCUGAAUAUUUCAUAGACUGUAGAUUCUGUGGUUUAGAGUGAUUUAGAGCCUUGUUACAUAUGUGCUUCCAUUUCUCGGCAGUAAUCAUUUUUUGCUUCUCACUUAUUUUUUACAAUUGUUCACCUUCCCAAUCUUUAUCUGCUGCACUGCUAUUUUUCAUUCACAGAAUCUUUAACAAAACAAAACCAACCACAUUUGGACAAUUCAAAAAUGAAAAAAGCCUAAUGUAUAUUUUUCACCUCACUUUCACUCUCUUAUUUAUAAACAUUUAUUAUAUGCAUUUCUGUGGUUUGAUAAGAUUUAUCAGUGGAAUAAAAAAAAUAUUUCACUGUUUCAAUCAGUGAAAAUGUUUAUGUGAUAUUUAUCACUGUUUUGUAAUAUUACCCCGCGCGCACUUCUAAAUAAAGUCGGUGUGCACAGGGUUGGGACACAACCUAAACAUUGUUUCCGAACUAACAUUAAGUUCGCUUUAAAGUUGACACCAUUUACCAUAAAAACUACAAUUAAAUGUACUUACUGUAUCACCUCUUUAGGCCUAUGAUAAGAAGAAAGAUUGUUUGUUCUAGUGUAAGAUCGCAUUAUAUUUCACGUAGUGAACACCACUUUUAGUUAGUGAAAUAUAUUGUGAUUCUACACUGAAACAAAAUAUUAUCCUCUAUUUAUUUGAAAAACUUAUGUAUGAUUUUCAUAUGCUGGUAAUGUAUGAUUUUCAUAUGCUGGUAAUGUAUGAUUUUCAUAUGCUGGUAACAUGAUCAUGUCUAAAAUGGCACCGGUUUUCAAAUUUAAAUGGUAACGUCACUGUGUACAAACAAAUGCUGUUGUGUUUUAUGUUUUAGGCAUUUGUUUUAUACAUGUAUUACCAAUAUUGUAUUCAUUUCUUUUGUGAUAUUUUAUUUUUCAUUUUUUUUAUUUCAAAUUAAAUUGUAUAUAGAGUUAUUACUAUGUUUUAGAUGACUGUUUAAAAUCAAAAGAUUUUGUUUUAUUAUGAGAAUGAUUGUAUUGACUAAUGCUUGACUUGUAAAACUUACAUUAUCAUACAAAUGUAUAUUGUAUAUGUUUUUGCAAAUAAAAUGAAAUCCCUUCAAUUAUAUAUCUUCCCAUAAACUGUGAUUGUUUCUGAGCAUGAUAGGGACCAAAUAAUUCAAGCUAAAAAUGAAGUUUUCAAAUUAAUGGUGGUAAAAUUAAAUACAGUUCUAUAUUUUUAUGCAUUUCAGAUUUAUCAUGAAUAUCAGUCAUGAUUCUAUGUCACUUACUCAUUAAGGGAUCGUGUUGUCUGGAGGUGGCAAAGUCAUUCAUGCUGUCACACUUUCAUGACCCCCCUUCAAAGCGCGAGCUUUUCUCAUUGAAUUUUCACCCAAAUGUAAUCACAUUGUGUAAUGAAAAUCUUGGCCAUGUUUGAUAAGAGUUAGAACUUAGAUUAAAUUAUUCACUUCAGAUUUAUGGCCCUUGAUUUGUAAAUGUUUAAAAGAGGGUGCAUUAGUAGGGGUUUUUUUUAUAGCUCAAUGUGCAGAUUUCUAGUUUUAGAAUUAUGGAUCAUUUUCAGCAAAAUAUUGAUAUUCUGGUUUAAAACAUUCUGUUUUAUUAAACUUUUUGAUACCUAAAUAUAGAAUACUGUCAUGAUAGAGUGAAGGUAUUAUCUUAUCUUAGAUUUGUUUCAAAUUAAAUAUGUUGUACAAAAUUUAUAGAUGAAAAGUGUGUGCAAUACUAAGCCCAUGUUAGUCACAUUAAAUUGUAAAUAUGUGUACAGAAUUGUCAUAUUAUCUGAGUCCAGUGGAUGCUCAAUAGAAUACAUCUAUUUAUUUGUUACUUUUCUUCUUGUGAAUGUAUGUCCAUGGUUGUUUGACUGACAUUAAGAGAUGCCAAAACUUUUUGCCACAACGUUGUUAUGUAAAAUAUUCCAAGAGUUAAGUGUUUAAAAGCUUUAGAAUCAUUUCUUCCUCAACAAAUAUUUCAUUGCUAUGGUAAAGCAGAAUAAAUAAACAAUUUUGCAGAUUCCAAAUGCAUGUACUAUUCACAAGUUGAAAACCUUGUGGUUAGAAAUUUGUGUAUUUUGAACGUUGAAUAUUAAAUAUGGAAUUUAAAAAUGUGGUAAUAAAUGAUAUUUUAAUUUUGUUUGUAUUGUUGUAACAAAUGAAUCACAUUAUUAUGUUUAAUAUGAAUGAAUGAAAAAUAAACAAAUUAACAAGUCAA